CGCAGUUGGUUCUGUAACUUGUGAAUAUAUCGUCAGUAAGCAGAACGUUAUCAGGUUUUAUCAAAUUUAUAACUCUAAUAUUUCAAAUUAAAUAUUCAAUCGAACGUUCUCGUCAAAAUGUUUAAAAUCGUAAAUACCGUGACGAUUUUGUUGUAUUCUGUGUGUUUAAUUUAAUAAUAAGAAAUCACAAUGCAUUUUUCUUUUAUCUACUGGAAGAAUGGGUGAUAGUGAACUGUUGCACACAUCAAUAAUGAAAUGAUAAGAAACAAUGCAUAAACUGUCUUUAAGACGGAUUCGUCGUAGAUGAUUUAGUUUACAAAAUGUUUUAUGAUAAAGUAUGCUGUUCUUUAGCAUCGAUUGCCCUGAUCUUUGUAAUCAUUACCGUUAUUUUUGACAGCUUUUUUUGGGCAGUUUUUCUCUCUGCUCUGUACAUAAUUGGAUUAUUUUGGGGAGUACAAUUAAUUUCAUUUAUUCAAAGUACUUCUACUUCAAGCAGUAACACUAAGUCCACCAAUGAUGAAUUAUGCAGAGUUUGUGGUAACAAUCAGUGUAAAAGGCAUAGCAAAUUACCACAUUUAAAUCCUAUACCAAAAGUUCCAAAGGGAUUUGAUGUGGCUUUAGAAAAUUUUUUAGAAGAGAUACUACAAACAUAUGUGUGCGCAUGGUAUUCUGCUGUAUCAUCGAAUGAAGCUUUUGUUCAACAAUUGAGAUUAGCUAUUGCUACAACUAUAACAAACAUCAGCAGUCGUUUAUUUAGAGCUGAUCUUUCAAGCAUUAUUUUUAAAAAUUUGAUUCCAAUUGCUAUUAAUCAUGCAAAAAAUUAUCAAGAGUUGAAGAAGAAAGCUAAAGAGCUAGGAGGUAAUCCUACUGAUUACGUAGCUGACUUUCUAGAGUCAAAAAUACAUCCUGCAGCUUAUUCAAGAGAGGCAGAAUUGAAUUAUCUGAGAGGAAUAACUGCUAUGUUGUUGCCAUGUCUAUUACCUGCUACUCAUAUUUCUACAAAUAACCAAGUCCUUCUGAGAGAAGUUUUAGCCAAUUGGGUUUUGUUACCAGCCAUCGAUGCUCUUGCUGAUCCAGAUAAUCUUAAUAUGUUAAUUUCUUUAUGUACUCAUCAUAAAGGAAAAUUUGAUCAAUCCAUAGAUACUAUGUAUGUUCCUAUGCUUCAAACAUGGAUUUCCAAACGGCAAUCUUUGCAAAAUUUGAUGAAUCCACUGAAGCCUUCAUUGGAAGAAGUACUAAAUGAUCCUGAAUUACUGUACAUGUUUAUGCAACAUAUUAAAGACUCUGGAUUAGUAACUUUACUGCAAUUUUGUUUAGAUAUUGGUGACUUGAGUAAAAGAAUGUUAAAUCCUGAAAUGACACUAAUGACUGAAGAGACUUUGUAUAAUGAUGCCAAGAAAAUAUAUUCUAUUUACCUAGAUCCUGAGAGCAUAGAUUUUUUAAAUUUGCCUAUGUACAUUUCACAAGGCAUGAAAGAAAUUUUAGACCUUGGACCCAAAAAGGUACAAGAAUUUAGAACGUCGCGUCCUCUAUACGAUGCUCAUCAAGAAGCUCACACAUUGUUAGAGAAUACUUGGCUACCAUCAUUUCAUCAUACUUAUCAAAUGUACAAAUUUUUAUGUGGUUCACAAGUCACAAACACUUCUGUAAAAGCCAACUCGCAAAAUAGUAACGUAAGUAGUAGCAUUGGUGUAGGUGCUCGAUUGACGAAUCAGUUAGGCAAGAUUCGAGGAGUUUUAAGAGCUUCAGCAGUGGAUGGAGCGCCGUUUCAUCCGCCAAGCGUGUACCAAGCAGAGGAGGCUAACGGCACACCGCGUAUUUCCGGAGGUGAGGCGAAUCUGCAAAUGUCGACGAGCCGUGAUCUUACAACUUGGCGCGUUACUGUACCUAACGUCGACGGUGGAGGCCCACAGCCUCUUUAUGUGGUGGCAGUGCAUAGUGUUUCCGAGGACAAGUCGUGGACAGUGCUUCGAAGGGAUCAAGAUUUCUACGCAUUAAGAGCAAAAUUAUCUGAAUUUCAUGGGGACAAGGAACUUAACGAUUCACCACUACCUACAAGGAAAAAUCCUCAUCCGUCUUUGACUGCGAAUAGGCAGAGAUAUGAGGAUUUCCUUCAGAAACUGCUGUCUAAGCCGACCCUUCGAAACAGCGAGUUACUUCAUGCAUUUCUGACAUCGUCAAAUUUAAAGCCUUACUUUACGAAUUUCAGUACUCCAGAUAUAGGUGUAUUAUAUCAAAAUAUGGCUCAUAAGUUGAGAAAAGAAAAAGGUCAGCAUUUGGAUAAGUUCAUGAGCACAUUUCUUGCCUCAACCAGUCUCAAGCAUGAGCUACCUGACGUAGGAAUUGAGCUUUCGGGAGAUAACAACUUUCACGACACUCAAAAAAGAGGAUGGAAUCGGCUCAGGUCCGGACCAUUCAAAGAUAAUUUGAGUCUCAACUCGAAAGUCAAAAACUUUCCUUACAUUGUAAAUAAUAUAGAGCAUACUACAGGUGCUUGUUUUUGUAUUGCCGAAGCAAUGGGCAGUUUAUUAGAGUUGUCACCAAUGAUAUGUCGUAUUAUUUGGGUUAUAACGUCGGCGAUCCGUGCGAGUAUAGAUCCUUUUGUAAAUAAAUGGUUUUACGAGAUGAUAGUGAAGUUAUUAAGUGGUGGCAGGGCGGCAAUGGUAGUGCAACUGCUGCACUCAGCCAUAUUUAGCAAUGAAGCCAAACAUCCCUCGUCAAAGAUACCAGCUGAAGUGUAUUAUAAUGAGGCGAGAAGUGGACUUCAUAACCUUGUACCGCAAUGGUUUCUCUGUAUACAUUCCAAGUGGUGUGAAUUAAUGGAUUCGCUACUCGAGCCCAUUCAACAUGCUGCGUUUAACAAGCAUUUGGCCUACAUGCUUGUCGACCAUCUUCUGGUGAAUCUGUUUCCCGAGCUCACGUGAAUACAACUUGUGAAUGAUAUAUAACUUUUUUUGUUUUCGUAUAAAUACACGAUGAUAUUAAAUUAACGCACAUUAAAUCAAAGUGAUUACUUGAUCGUUCGCGGUGUAUCUUUCGAACAGCAUUUAAAAAACGUGAUAUUUUUAAAAGAGAUAUUUAGUUUUAUUUAUUUUUUCUUCUUGUCGUCUUACUCGAUG